AUGCUUGCGAGGAUCUUGGGGAGGAGAGUCCCGGCGGAGUGGGUUGCCUUGGAGAUGAAAGCUAAAGGUAAGCUGGACUAUGAGGUUGAAGCUUUCCCAAUGGCCGUCGGGUACUUUGCUCUUCGUCUCCGGAAUGAGGAGGACAAGGAGGCGAUGCUGGGAAAAGGUCUGUGGAUAGUUGCCGGACAGUUACUGGCAUUGGAGAGGUGGCAGCCUGAUUUUGUUCUGGGGAGGAAGGAGGUCAGUAAGGUGGUGGUUUGGCUGCGCCUCCCGGGGUUGCCGCUCGAGUAUUGGCGCAAGGAGUCCAUCUGGGAAAUUGCUACGGAGGCCGGUGUUGCAAUCGAAGUCGAUGGGUUCACGGAGGAUCACCGUCGCAUGGGGUAUGCGAGGAUCAAGGUUGAGGUGGACGCCAGCUUACCUGUGCGGCUGGGGGUGUUCAUCAGAGGGAAGGAAGGGAAGCUUUGGCAGAGCUUCAUGUAUGAGUAUCUGCCGCCGGUCUACUACCAAUGUGGUCGGCUCGGCCAUGGAGGGAACGGGUGUCGAUCUGCUACCCCGGAGUCGGCGAUCGGGAAUGGAGGGUCGGGGGCCACAGCGACCGAAGGGGUGAAGCCCGACCACGAUCCCAGUGGUCAGUCUGGAUCAGCAGGGGAUGGGAAGGGCGGCCGUCGGGCCUUUGGCCCAUAG